AUGGGCCGGGCUGGCACCGGGACCCGGGGCGCGGCGGGGGCGCUGGCGGUGGCGGGGCCGCUGCUGCUGCUGCUGAUGGCUCGGCCCCCGCCCGCCGCCGGCGGCGACAGCGGGAAGAGCGGGCUUGAGCUGGUGUCCGAGCACUUCUCGCAGGCCCCACAGAAGCUGUCCUUCUACAGCUGGUAUGGCAGCACCAGACUCUUCCACUUCCGUGUGCCCCCAGACACUGUGCUGCUGCGGUGGCUGCUGCAGGUCUCCCGGAGCGGUGGGCCCACAUGCACCCACGUGGAGAUCACGGUGCACUUCCGCUAUGGCGCCCCUCCAGUCAUCAACCCACUGGGCACCAGCUUCCCAGACAACACCUCGGUGCAUCCCUCCUUCCACAUCAGCAUGCUGCUGAGCUCCGAGGCCCAGAACAACACCUCUGCCAACAUCUCCCACCCGGCACCUGGGGACUGGUUUGUGGCCGCCCACCUGCCCCCCUCCUCCCAGAAGAUCCAGGUGAAGGGCUUUGUUCCCACCUGUGCCUACGUCUUCCAGCCUGACAUGCUGGUCAUGCGGGUGGUCAAGGUCUCCGUCAUGGAGCCCGAUGUGCCCCUUCUGCAGACCCUCCUCUCCCAUCCCAGCUACCUCAAGAUCUUUGUCCCCGAGUACACCCAGGAGCUUCAGCUGGAGCUGCAAGGCUGUGUGUCCAAUGGGAGCCUGGGCUGCCCUGUGCGUGUCACAGUGGGCUCAGUCACCCUGCCCAGCAACUUCCAGAAGGUGCUCACCUGCUCCAGCCUCCCCUGGCCCUGCCGCCUGUUGCUGCCCUCACCACCCUGGGGCCGUUGGCUGCAAGUGACGGCUGAGAGCCUGGCCCACGUGUCAGUGGCCUUCAGUGCAGUAGCUGCCCUCAAAGCCUGCAAGCCAUGGAGCGUGACUUUCCAGCACCUUCUGCACAGCAGCCCAAACCAGAGCUGUAAUGCCUCCAGUGGUCAGCUGUCCCUGGGCCCUGGACACCAGGACCUGGGCAGAAGCAGUGGGGUGGGCAGUGGCCCCUUCUGCCUCGUGAGCUACCCGAUCAUGCGGGAGGACGUGGACGUGUUGUCUGUGCACUUCCAGCCCCUGAACAGGGUCUGGGUAAUGGUGCACUGGCACACGCCCUCCACAAUGCGGCUCCGCCUCAACACAGGCAUGGACAGUGGGGGCUCCCUCUCCAUCUCCCUGCAGGCUAACAAGACAGAGAUCGUAAACGACACCUUGGUGGUGGCCUGCAUGAACGCUGCCUCCCCUUUCCUCAGCUUUGACACCUCACUCAACUGUACCACAGCCUUCUUCCAGGGCUACCCCUUGUCUCUGAGCAGCUCAUCUCUCACUGCCAACCUCAUUAUCCCUUACCCAGAGACAGACGACUGGUACCUCUCCCUGCAGCUCAUGUGCCCUGAGAGUCCUGAGAACUGUCAGCAGGCCAUGGUCCAUGUGGAGACCACCGUGAACCUGGUACCCUGUUUGAAUGACUGUGGACCCUAUGGCCAGUGCCUCCUCCUCCGCAGACACAGCUACCUAUAUGCAAGCUGCAGUUGCAAAGCAGGCUGGCGCGGGUGGAGCUGCACCGACAACAGCACGGCGCAAACAGUGGCCCAGCAGCGGAUGGCCGUGCUGCUGCUCACGCUCAGCAACCUCGUGUUCCUGGCUCCCAUCGCCGUCUCCGUGCACCGCGCCUUACUAGUGGAGGCUUCUGUCUACAGCUACACCAUGUUCUUCUCCACGUUCUACCACGCCUGUGACCAGCCGGGGGAGACGGUGCUGUGCAUUCUCAACUAUGACACGCUGCAGUACUGUGACUUCCUGGGCUCUGGGGUGUCCAUCUGGGUCACCAUCCUCUGCAUGGCGCGGCUGAAGACAGUCCUGAAACACGUCCUGUUUGUUCUGGGCACCCUGGUCAUUGCCAUGUCCUUGUACCUGGACCGCAGGGGCGUCUGGAACAUGAUGGGGCCCUGCCUGUUUGCCUUCGUGAUCAUGGCCUCCAUGUGGGGGUACCGCUGUGGGCACCGUAACCAGUGCUACCCCAGCUCGUGGCAGCGCUGGGUCUUCUACCUCCUGCCUGGCAUCUCCAUGGCCUCUGUGGGCAUUGCCAUCUACACCUUCAUGAUGACCAGCGACAACUACUACUACACCCACAGCAUCUGGCACAUGCUGCUGGCGGGCAGUGCAGCGUUACUGCUGCCACCGCGGGACAGGCACGCCAAGCCCUGGGCCUGCUCACAGACGUUUCCCUGCCACUAUCAGAUCUGCACGAAUGUUCGGGAUGAGCUGUACACGGUGACAUGACGUGGCCUGCUCAGGGAUGCCUGCUGCUCU